AUGGCAAAAAUGAGUCUCUCUUCCUACAUGUUAAUGCUGGUUGUUUCUUUGUUUUCUCAAGGUAUUUUACUUUCAGCUUCCAAGUCCAUAAGAAAUUUAGAAGACGACAUGGUAUUUAACACGUUUAGGAUGGGGAAAGCCUUCCAGAAGGAAGACACCGCAGAAAGAUCGGUUGUGGCUCCCUCUCUGGAACAAUAUAAAAACGAUGACAGCGGCUUCCUGGGCGACGACGAGAACAAGAAUUCCAAGAACACAGGCUCCAAACAGAAUCUCCUAAGUCAUGGUCUGCCACUGAAUCUGGCUAUAAAACCUUAUCUCGCUCUGAAAGGAUCAGUAGCUUUUCCAGCUGAGAAUGGAGUUCAGAAUUCUGAGUCAACACAAGAAAAGAGAGAAAUUGGGGAUGAAGAAAACUCAGCUAAGUUUCCCAUAGGAAGGCGAGAUUUUGACAGUGAGUAG